UAAGUACCCCUUCAAAAAAGGGUUGUGCCGUUGCAAAAACAAAUCAUAAAACAAGGAAACACAUUCAUUCAUUCCACCGCAUCUUCGAAACCCAAACCCUCACCGACCACCGACCACCGCCUUCAAUUACGACGGUCAUUCUUCCUCUUUCCCAACACACUCCUUUCUUUCGAACCCUUUCAAACAAAUCUCCACAUUCGUCAAACCACCCUUUGAAUCGCCGACAUAUAAAAAAGACCUAAUUUUUACACUUUUUCUGAUAACCCAAUUCCUUUUUACAAUCUGGGUUAAACCCAUUUUCGAAUUUUGGUUACUGGGUCUGUAUUUUUGAAGUUUGGAUCUUAUGGUUAAGAAAAAUGGAAGAAAUUGAAGGUGUGAAUUGUUUCAGUGAAGGUAGAAGCUCUAGUGAGACUCGACCUCCAAAUCCUAAUUCAUCUAUUGCUUCUGCUUUUCGUCAAUGUCAACGCAAUGAUCCUCUUGUUUUACCAUGCAGAAAAUCUCUUGUUCGCCACGCUUCUCUUCAGACGAAAAUGAAGUUGUCUGAUGUAUCUGCUGAGGAUGUUACUGAAGGUUUCCAGUCUGAUUUCCUUCCAAAGCUCCGUUCCGGAGGAUGUGCUGAUAUAGGGUUCCGGUCAAAUAUGGAGGAUGUGUAUGUUUGUGUUGACAAUUUUAGGCAGGGCCAUGGGCUCAACAAACAUAUAGAUGGACCAAGUGCUUUCUAUGGGGUGUUUGAUGGGCACGGUGGAAAGCAUGCUGCUGACUUUGCUUGCAAUCAUUUGCCAAAGUUCAUUCUCGAGGAUAAAGAUUUCCCAGUGGAUAUUGAAAGGAUAGUUGCUUCCGCCUUUCUGCAAACAGACUAUGCAUUUGCGGAAGCUUGUUCUCUCAAUGCUGCCCUUGCAUCCGGCACCACUGCUUUGGCCACUCUUGUUAUAGGAAGGUUGUUGGUGGUGGCAAAUGCUGGAGAUUGUCGAGCAGUGCUGUGCCGUCGUGGAAAAGCAAUUGACAUGUCAAGAGACCACAAACCAGGUUGCAUGAAAGAGCAGAGGCGUAUCGAGGCAUCUGGGGGGUCUGUCUACGAUGGGUAUCUUAACGGGCAACUUAAUGUUGCUCGAGCUAUUGGUGACUGGCACAUGGAAGGAAUGAAAGGCAAAGAUGGUGGACCACUCAGUGCAGAGCCUGAGCUCAUGACUACAAAACUUACUGCCGAGGACGAAUUUCUCAUCAUAGGCUGCGAUGGGAUUUGGGAUGUUUUUAGAAGCCAAAAUGCUGUAGAUUUUGCACGGCGCAGGCUUCAGGAGCAUAACGACCCAGCUGUUUGCAGCAAGGAUCUGGUUGAUGAGGCCUUGAAGAGAAAAAGUGGAGACAAUUUAGCGGUUGUUGUGGUUUGCUUUCAGCAGCAGCCUCCACCGAAUUUGGUAGCACCACGCUCCAGAGUGCACAGGAGCUUCUCUGCUGAAGGUUUGAAGGAGUUGCAAAGCUUUUUGGAUAGCUUGGCAAAAUAAGUUGGCACAAGUCUUUACGGUUCCUUCUUGUUUAAUUUAAUUUUAUGUACCUCUUACGAGAAUUGAGAUUCAUUUGUAACUGUAGGUGUUACUUGUUAGGUGUAGUAGGAUGAGAGAGAACUUUCUGACUGUAUCAUAUGCGGCAUCUGACAUUUUAAUUUACUGGCACUUGUUCGUUCUUAUUUCA